AUGAAUUCACCCAAUGUUGUGGAACACCCUACUUUCUACAGGGUAUACACCCAACGUUGGAUUGUUUUGACUGCUGUGUGUCUUUUAGCCUUGUCGAAUGCUACGCAAUGGAUUGCGUUUGCACCACUCCACGAUGCUGUACAGGAUUUUUACUGUAUUAAUUUUAUUAAUAACAACAGUAGAGGUGAACUUGAGGGGAAUGGUAGUGGAUGUGAUGUUGAAACUUGGAUUUCACAAAUUUUCCAAAUUGUUGGUGUUUUGACCGGCCUUUUUGGGAUGUAUAUAACUGAUCGUUACGGAAUUCGUGUUUCGGUAUUUUUUUCCAAAUUUAUUUUUCUUAUUUUUCAGUGUCAUUUGGGAGCUGCUCUAAAUUUGUGUGGGGCAAUUAUUCGUUUUAUCUCCUCAUUGCCAUUACUAGAAAAAUCCGCUCGAUUACCUUUCCUUUAUUUUGGACAAAUAAUAGCAGCAAUGAGCCAACCAUUUUUCCUUUGCCUUUCGCCUAAGGUUGCAGAAUUUUGGUUUGGAGAGGAUCAACGUGCAUUGGCCAACUCACUUUCAUUUAUUGGUAUAAACAUUUUUUUGAUUAUGUUUGUGAUUUCCUUUAAAGAGUAUCUACAUAUAAUUCAUUUCAUUUUCUACGUUAAAGGAAAGAAGGGAAGCAAACAUUGGUCAAGGAAAUCUAUGGCGAAGUACCCGGCUCUGCAUUUUAUAACUUAUGAUCCGAUAUCGUGCGCGUGUAUCAUACUUUGUACUACUGUUCGGCAAAUGGGUUUUUUCCGGUACCGGUAA